GAACGCAGCGCGGUGUGUAUUCCUAACGGCGUCCCUCCGCGGCCAUGGUAACACUUCCCCCGGCACCGAGCCGCGGUUCACGGAGACACCACAGCAGCGCCGUUCAUGCAGCUAUUAUUCAGCAUGAAUCUGGCAGAGAUAUGUGACAACGCCAAGAAAGGCCGCGAGUACGCCCUGCUUGGAAACUAUGACUCCUCUGUUGUGUACUACCAGGGCGUCAUUCAACAGAUCCACAAGCACUGUCAGACCCUCAGGGACCCUGCACUCAAAGUCCGAUGGCAACAGGUCAGGCAGGAACUCACUGAGGAGUAUGAGCAGGUGAAAGGCAUCAUGGGAACACUUGAGAGCUUAAAGUCAGAGAAGCCAAACGACAUCAUUGCACCUCUUGCCCUUCAGUCUGACGACAGACCCGAGGAUCCCGCAGUUUGGCCCCCUCCCAUCCCUGCCGAACACAGAAAUCCUGUAGCAGUGAAGCGUCCGAGCAGUGCAGUGAAGCAGCAGAGAAAGGAGUCCCCAGGUCUGAAUCACAGGGGAGGGGGGGCAGGAGGCCGUGGUCAUGUCAACUUGAAACCAGACCGGCCAGGAUUGAAAGACGCACGAGGCACAAAGGCCAAAGACGAGAAGGGAAAGAAAGGGGCGGGAGACGCACCAGGGGAUGUCGAGCUGAAGAAAUUUGACGGCACAGGGUAUGACAGUGACCUGGUGGACUCACUGGAGAGAGAUAUCGUGUCCCGUAACCCUAACGUACACUGGGAGGAUAUUGCUGAUCUGGAGGAUGCGAAGAAGCUGCUGAGAGAAGCUGUGGUGUUACCCAUGUGGAUGCCUGACUUUUUCAAGGGCAUUCGCCGCCCCUGGAAGGGUGUGUUAAUGGUCGGCCCUCCAGGGACGGGAAAGACCAUGUUGGCCAAAGCUGUAGCCACAGAAUGUGGGACUACUUUCUUCAACGUGUCCUCCUCCACCCUUACCUCCAAAUACAGGGGCGAGUCUGAAAAACUUGUUCGUCUGCUAUUUGAAAUGGCCAGGUUUUAUGCACCAACAACCAUCUUCAUCGAUGAGAUCGACUCCAUCUGUGGCAGAAGAGGAACAUCUGAUGAACAUGAAGCCAGCCGCAGGGUGAAAUCAGAGCUUCUAGUCCAGAUGGAUGGUGUGGGGGGAGCACUGGAGAAUGACGACCCCUCUAAGAUGGUCAUGGUCCUCGCCGCCACCAACUUCCCUUGGGACAUUGACGAGGCAUUACGACGACGCCUGGAGAAGCGGAUCUACAUCCCCCUGCCCACAGCUGUGGGUCGUGUAGAGCUUCUUAAAAUCAACCUGAGGGAGGUGGAGGUGGCCGAUGACGUUGACCUGGACCUCAUUGCUGAGAAGAUUGAGGGCUACUCAGGAGCAGACAUCACCAACGUCUGCAGGGAUGCAUCCAUGAUGGCAAUGCGUCGUCGCAUCCAAGGCCUGAGCCCCGAGGAGAUCCGAGCUUUGUCCAAAGACGAGCUGCAGAUGCCUGUGACCAUGGAAGACUUCACCCUCACGCUCAAGAAGAUCUCCAAGUCUGUCUCUGCUGCCGACCUGGAAAAAUAUGAAGCCUGGAUGGCUGAGUUUGGGUCAGUGUAGACAACGGUACCAUUGAGACCCAGAGGGACCUGCACCUUAAGAGGAGAACUCAUAGUUUUGAAAAUGAUGAAGAGGAGGGACUUAGGAGCGUAUGCAGAGCUGAGCAUGUGAACCAGACGGCACAUCAGGGAUCAAGACAACACACGCUCAAGUUCACAUCAGACGACUGGUGCCUUUGGUGAUGUGAACGUUCAGUGGUGUCACUCCUACACGGGAGUGUCAAUCAUCGAGCUGCUGACUGACUUAAGUGACUGGAGGAAGAAUGAGGUGAACUUUUCUCACAAUGGGAAAUUUUAAUGUGUAACUAAUAAUCAACACAGUUAGACCAGGGAAUGCACUCUAGUUUCAUUAGAUAUCAGGCCUCAUGCAAGAAUUCAGAUUCUCAGUCUAAACCUCUGACUCCUUUACCUCCACCAAAGAGGUUGUAUUUUAAUCUGCAUUUGUUUGUUAGUUUGCAGGAUUACAUAGAAGCUACUGGAUUGAUUACUACAUAGAACAAAGUAUGGGAAGCAUCCUCUACAUUUUGGUGCAGAAAUUGAUCCAGGAUUUGUUUUCAUCAUUUUCUUACACAUUGCAAGAUAGGGCUUUUUUUUUUAAACAAUCGGGCAAUGACGUUUCAUCAGUGCAUUGUGUUGUUAGACUGUCAGGUCCCAGAGAGAAUAUUUACAUGGGCAGCAACAAGCAUUGUAAACCCUGAGGAAGCUGUUGCUGUGAGAGAAUUUUAAUCAUUUUGGUCGCCAUGACAGAAUUUGUCAGUAAAACCUACAAACCUCACAAUUGGUGAGUCAUGAUGAUGAUGGUGGUAUGCUAUGUGAAAGUCUACUUAAGUUGGUUUCAUUUCAUCUACACAUCCCUGCAGAUUAAAGCAUCGUAUUUCAGACUCUCCGGUUCUGGAUCAAACUAAAAAUCAAUUUGUGCUUAAGAGAAAAUUCUGCUUAAAUCUUAAAUAAUUGUAAAAUCGACUCUGUCAGUUUCUUGUGUCACAACCCGUCUCAAAAGGCUGUGACCAGGAGGAAGAUUACAAAUGUUGACGGUUAUAUUUACAGACAUUUAUUUAUACAAAUCAAGAUAGGAACCUUAACACCACUGUCCACAAACAAAGGGAUGCUGCCAUCAGGAGUCAGGGAGAGACAACCUCGUCCCUCAGAGAGCUCAAGAGUAACAUGAAUGAGGCUUUUUAAAGGGCCCAGGUGUGCACUGAUUGUAGCUGAUGUCACCUCCACCUACGGCUCAGGGAAAAGACGAACAGGACCUAAUGUCCAGGGUUUUCAUUUAUAACUAUUGUGUAAACACAAGAGGGGCCUGGAAUGUGCGUAUUACACUUCUCACACAAAUAUUGGGAUUUAUAAAAACAAACUUGAUGUGAGGAUUUGCGCAUUUCCACGCAAACUCUGACCCAUGCAUACGAACAUUUUGGAGACGGGAAAGUGGCGAUGCAGACGUGAGGUGGUGAACUAAAGCAGAUUAUUGAUCCACUUCAUCAUUUACAUUAAAACCAACUUUAUUUGUGCUUGGGCAACAUCAGUGUUCCAUAAGAACCUGCAAUUGCAAAAGAUAUACAACAACUUACAGCAAAUUAUGUUCAGAUACCAUCCAACAGCAGAGUUGCAGAGCCAAGUCAUCAUCAGUAGUUUUAAUAAUAUUAAUAAUAUCUAACACUGUGCGUGUAUCAUUAAGAACGAGUGUGUGUAAAAAAACUAUAUACUAUUUUCAAAUAAUAUCCCAGAGUGGAGGAUAGGAUCCACUGAUGUGUGAAGUAAUCAGCCCGACGCCUCUAAAUAUAUAAAUACUGCGGUGACACUCGUGCGUAAUGCUGCGUGACUGAUGCAGCUCCAAGUGCGAAUGUUUCCAGGUACAUGAAGAAAAUUCUGCAAAAUUUUCGGCCUUUGUGGGCACGUACUCUUUUCGUAUGAAUCCCACGCACUGUUUUAUAGAUGUGACCCGGGGGGAGGGGGGAGGGGGUCGUCACACUUGUGAUUCUUGCAUGAGGCCCAUCGUCUGCAUGUUGGAUCACUCUCAAUGUAUCUCCUUGUGGAGCUCAUGUAUUUACUACUGACUGAACACACUUGAAGAACCACGAUGUCUGUUUUGAGGUCAGUGAUUAUGUCUUUGUGUUUUCAUGUUUUUUUUAAAAUUCAUCUCAGUUUUAUUUCAGUUGACACAAACAAAUGUAGUGAAACUAAAAAGAGAACGACCACAUUGAUUGUGUAUUAAAUGAUGCAGAUAGUUUAUCCUUGUCUAUAUUUUAUGGUUCCUGUUUAUAUGUAGUCUGUUAAAUCUCCCUAAACUGAGUCAGGUUUUGUUUUGUAUUGACCAAGUGUUGGAUGAGUUUCGUGAUAAGAUGAAUACAUUGUGAACUAAUCUGGACUCCAUCUACAAUCAAUGGAUGUUUAAUUGUUCUCCCCUGUUUCAAGUGUUUAUAACACUCUGCUUCAGUGCAUUAAAAGCUCCAUUCAUUGUAUAAUUUGCAUGUCAUUUUAUUUUAAUACCAAAAAAUAAACUUCACCUUUAAUGAAACA